GCUCGUGGGGUCAGUGUAUCGGGGAGGUGUGUGGUUCCAGUGGAGUCCAGACAAGGACGAUAUGGUGUGUCCACAUAGAGGGCUGGACCACCCAUCACUCUCACUGCCAGCAUGUGGAAAAGCCGGAAAGUAAACGGCAAUGUUUUAAGAUCUGCAACUGGCACCAGGAUCUCUUUGAAUGGGAAAUUUCUGACUGGGGGGACUGUGUUCUUGUUUCUUUCUUUUCCAAUGAACUCAAAUUGAGGACCACUGAGUGUAUUACAGCCCAGCAUGGCAUUCAGAGGCGCAAUAUCCACUGUGUUCGAACUUCCAAUCGAAGUACUGUCAGCAUAAGGAUAUGUGAGUUCUUUUCACAGAAACCUCCUGUGGAGCAAGCAUGCCUCAUCCCUUGUCCUCAGGACUGUGUAGUUUCAGACUUUAAUUCGUGGUCAAGUUGCAGUAAAACCUGUGGUGCUGGUCUUCAGCAUCGAACUAGAGACGUCCUUGCCGCACCAAUGUAUGGAGGAGCUAACUGCCCUAAUCUAACUGAGAGAAGGACUUGUACUAACUCUGUUGACUGCCCUCUUGCAGAAGGUGAGUACCAGUACAGUCUUAAAGUUGGGGCAUGGAGUAAGUGUCAACUACCGCAUAACAAGGAUGCCUUCUUAAAUGGAAGGACAACAGUGGACUUUGGUGCUAGCUCCAAUGACAACAACUCAAUUAUGCUACAUACAUUGGAUUCUAACAACCAGUUUAAUCAUCACCGGUACCACCACCACAAUGCUCAUGUGCAUUUAAGGUACCCCAUGUCAUGGGACUUGGAAGUGGGAUAUCAGACACGACAUGUACGCUGUGCAAGAAAUGAUGGAAAGAAUGUCAUGCUAAGUCUAUGUACCAAGGACAACACUCCGUUGACCUACCAGGCGUGUGUGAUGCCCAAAGACUGCCAAACUUCUGAAUGGUCAUCAUGGAGUUACUGCUCAAAGACCUGCCAAUCCACCGACCUGUCUCCUGGGUAUCGGCUCCGGACACGGAUCAUGACACAGAUUCCAUAUGGAGGAGGAAAACAAUGUCCUGCUCUUGAGGAAAAGGAGGCCUGCAACAUUAUCGGGGAUUUACUUCCAAAAUGUCCAAGGUACACUUGGAAGACUACAGAUUGGGGUGAAUGCCGCAUUCGACCCUUAAUAGGGCAGCAGGAUCGACGGCGGGCUAACAUCAGUAUGCUGUGUGGAGAAGGGGUCCAGACCAGGAGCACCUACUGUGUUCAAGUCCUUGAUGAUUCAGCACCACAUUACAAGAAGGAAGUGUCCAGGCCUGUGAAUGCCUGGCUGUGUGAUGGAGAUGAUCCUCCAUUGGCUGUUCAAAACUGCACCAUUGCUUGCCAGCAUCAGUGCUUGCUGUCCCAGUGGUCGCCCUGGAGUGCCUGCCUCCAGGAAAACUGCACAGAACCUCAAGGGAAGAGAGGUUUCAAAAAAAGGAAGAGAGAGGUGUUGUGGGAGUCCAGUAAUACUCUGGGGACUUGCCCUCAUCUGAUGGAGUUCAUCCCCUGUGAGGAUCCUGUCUGCUACCGGUGGCAAAUCCAACAAAAGGAAAAAUGCAUUCCCACCAAUAGCUCCUGUGGUCCUGGAACUGCAGUACAGAAUGUGACCUGUGUCAAUGCUGAAGGAGUCGACGUGCCUGACACCCACUGUGCAGACGUCCAUCCACCCACUGAGGAGACCUGUGAUGUUCCCUGUUGUGCAGACUGUGUGGUAGGCUCUUGGUCCUUUUGGUCACCCUGCUCACACAGCUGUGCGACAAAGACUGCGGAGGGCAAGCAGAGUCGCACUCGCACAGUAUUAGCCAUUCCAGGAAAAGAUGGCAAAGUGUGCCCAGCAGCCCCAGCACUAGAGGAAUGGAGAGUCUGCAAUGACCACCCUUGCCCUGUAUUUUAUUGGAAUGCCUCAGAAUGGGGUCUCUGUACCGAGGAUGCUUCUGCAAAAAUCAAUGCAAGCAGCUUCCAGAAUUGGACCUCUUCCUGUCCAGUUGGUGUCCAAAGCCGUAAUGUUAGUUGCAUGAAGACGAAUGCUGGUCCAGUCACAAAUAAAAGGUGUUUAGAUUCUUCUCGCCCAGAAACUAACCGACCCUGCUUGCUUCCCUGCAAGAAGGACUGUGUAGUGACCCCCUUCAGUGAAUGGACAGCAUGCCCAACAUCUUGUCUCCCAGAUAAUUCAACUGCUGCCAUGCAAUCUCGGUACAGAAUAAUCAUUCAGAGGUCUGCUAAUGGAGGUCAAGAGUGUCCUGACACACUGUAUGAAGAAAGGGAGUGUGACUCAGUUCGUGUUUGUCCAGUUUAUAGGUGGAGGAUGCAUAAGUGGCACAGUUGUACUCUGGUUCCAGAUUCUGUUAGACGAGGAUUAUCUGGAUCAGGAGAAGCCUGUGGAAAUGGUUUAGAAACAAGAGGGAUCAGUUGUGUUGGGGAGGACGGUAUGCCGGCCAACAUGACAGAGUGCCUGCAAUGGGCUGGCCCAUUUCCCUCUCAUAUUAGAAAGUGCCGGGUGGCGUGCAAGGAAGACUGCACUCUAACUGCUUGGUCCAAGUUUUCCGAAUGUGCCGGAUGUGGUAGCUCACGUACUCGCAGGCGUUCACUUGUGGGCCGUAGCAAAAAGAAGGAGCAUUGCCUGAAUGAGGAUUUGUACCCGCUGGAAGAGAACGAGACUUGUCCCUGUAAUCAGUUUUUAUCUCAGCCAGUUGGGAAUUGGUCUGCGUGCAUCCUUCCAAAUUCUCCAGUUUCGCUGCAGGGCUGGAUGAAGCACCAAGAGGUAAAGGAGUGUGGCCAAGGUCUUCGCUACAGAGCUGUGGCUUGCAUUGACCAGCAAGGACACCUGGUUAACCCAACACUCUGUACAGAUUCAGGCCACAUCGUCGAGAUUUGUCAUAUUCCUUGCCCCCUCGACUGUAAACUCAGUGAAUGGUCUUCCUGGACAGCCUGCAGUUCCUCCUGUGGGAGUGGGCUGAAAAUGAGAUCCAAAUGGCUCAGGGAGAAAGCGUUUAAUGGUGGACGUCCAUGUCCCAAGUUGGAUUUGAAGAACCAGGCUCAGGUGUAUGAGGCUGUGCCAUGCCAGAAUGAAUACAGCCAGUACGAAUGGCAGAUCGAACCCUGGUCCAUUUGCACAAUCAACACUGUGGAUGACCUGCCAGCCUGCGGGGAGGGAGUCCAGAGUCGGAAGAUCAGGUGUGUGAUGAAGGGAACAGCUAGUCGGGAAGAUGCCAGCAUAGACGUCAGUCUGUGUGAUCAGGAGGAAAUGCCUCCCAGGGCCCAAGUUUGCUAUUUAGCCUGUCCUAAUGACUGUGUAGUGGCAGCCUGGGGAGCAUGGAGCAACUGUCCUCCGCAGUGCGACCCUGGCAGUGAAAGGAACAGAACCAGACACAUCCUCCGCCUUCCUGCCUCAGAGAAAGCAGCCUGUCCAGAGCUGGUUCAGUCAGAACCUUGUCUUUUAAACAGCACCUGCUUCACUUACCAAUACAAAGUCUCAGACUGGAGUACCUGCCGGCUGAGUGAAAAUGCCAUCUGUGGUCAGGGUUACCGGUCGCGUCUGCUGGACUGUGUGCGGAGUGAUGGUAAAACUGUGGAGUUGCAGAAGUGCCAACAGUUUGGUUUGAUCAACAAGUUGCAGCUGUUGGAGAGCUGCAUGGUUGACUGUCCUGUCAGCUGCAUCCUCAGCGAAUGGUCACCGUGGGCGGAUUGCUCGCACACCUGUGGGACUCAAGGUCACUCUGUACGUACCCGGAGAAUCCUUCAGGAAGCUCAUGAGGAAGGUCGUCCCUGUCCCAACCAGCUUACUCAGACAAAACCUUGUUCCAUAAAGCCUUGCUAUAUGUGGCUGUUGAAUGACUGGUCUGCAUGCACUAUUGAGUCCAUACUUCAUUUUUGGCAAAUCAGCCUUCUAGAACUGAACAGAUUAUUAUUGAAUGAUGAUCAAGCUGUGACAUUAGACGCUUCCUUUUUUUGUUCAGGUGAUUGCCAUUUGACAGAGUGGUCUACUUGGAGCUCCUGCCAGCUGACCUGCCUGGAGGGCCGCAGCUUUGAGCCCACUGGCCGUCAAGCGCGUUCUCGAGCUGUUAUCGUUCAGGCAAUGGAGAACCAAGGCAGCUGCCCACAGCAGAUCUUUGAGACCCAGCCUUGUAAAGGAGGAAAAUGCCACAGUUACCAGUGGAAAAUAGGAGGAUGGACCAACAACAAGAGGGCAGUGUGGUGUCAGCGCUCAGAUGGUGUUAACGUGACAGGGGGGUGUUUCCCACAAAAAAGGCCCACUACCAUUCGACACUGCCAUCCUCCGUGCACAAAGCCCUUCUCACACUGCACACCGAGUGGAGUGUGUGGGUGUGAGAAGGGCUACACUGAAGUGAUGACUUCACACGGCUUCUUGGACUACUGUACCAGAACCCCAGGGGUGGACAACAGCAAAAAAGCCGAUGUGAAAACUAACUCUGGAAGAUUAAAACCCCGACCGUCUCAAGCCAACAACCUGUUCAGCGAGUGGACCUUAAGGCCUGUUGGCCCAGAUGGGAGAGUGAAGCUGUGGGUUUACGCUGUAACCGUCGUUGGAUUCAUUGUCAUACUUUUCAUCAUUACGGUGUCAUUCUUGAUCUGUAAGCCAUCCAAAACCUCUAAGGCAUCUCCUCCACCACAGAAGCCCUUGACUCUUGCCUAUGAUGGCGACGUGGAUAUGUAACCAGGCUGCUAUACCUCACGAGGACAUGUUUGGCCUUGGGCCGGAUUUUGGCCUUGUUCACAUCGUUGCCCAGGAUAUGCCCUGACCUGCUUUAGCAGGGUUAUGUUUGAGAUAAUAGAACUAUUGGGUUUGCUGCUGAAGGCGCAGAAUAUUGGCAGACUCAUACAAGCAGAGCAUAAGCCAAGUGAGCCGAGACUGAGACAUGGGCCUCUAGUUCCUUUUUUUCUAUGACUGCCUGCUACAUGAACACAGGGUGCAAGCACCACUUGCAAACGAUGAAGCAAGACUUUUAGGCACUAAAGACAAAAUCAAUCCACAAGUCUUUUGUGGAAUGUUUUGGGUGUCAAGAAUUAUAGGGACCACAAUUCUGUUUUUUUUCUUCUUUAGUUUUGGAGAUUCUGUAGUCAUAUUUUAAUUUUUCUCAAUAGAUGCUGAACUGUUUGAAAGGCCCGAGCUCUUUGAAUAAACUCUUAUUCCUUAUUUCCAAACAAAUAAGAUGGUUUAUGCACUACGUUAGUGCUGAGUCAUUUUUAUUUUAUUUUGACAACUUUUCUAGUGUUUUAACUGUACUUCGUUUCAUUUUUUUUAAUUAUUUUUCUGUCCAAUUGUGUAUUGUUGAUGAUGCAAUAUGUUGUGUAUACAUGGAAACCAAAAUCAAGCCUGCCUCGAGUUGAAGGACAAGUGUGAUGUGGCUAUUUCUCUGUCCUCGUGUGACUAACAGCUACAGAAAACACAGCUCAACAACAAGUUCAAAAUGUCAUUGUUAUUGAAGCGCACACCAUUUUGAUGCAUUCAGUUUAAGAACAAAAUAAUCAAAACACAUGCAACUGUAAAGAUUGGAAACCAGCAUGAUUGAGAUCAUACCUCAUACCUCAAUAUGAUGCAAAACAAAACUUCACUUACCAUUCUAAUAUUAUGGAGGAUCAUAAGAUAUUGGCUGGGUUGCUCCUUGUAUCAGCACUGAUCAGACAUAACAUUAUGACCACAGACAGGUAAAGUAAACAGAUCAUUUCCUUAUCAUGGCAAAUCUAAGUAGGAUACAUAAGGGUAUAAGUGAGUAUGAUGACCUCAAUGUUUAUGUGUAAGAAGCUUGAAAACAUGGCAAAUGUUACAUUUGAGUGCAUUUGACAAGGGCAAAGUUGUGAUAGUUAGUAAAAUGGGUCAAAGCAACUGCAGAAUUGCAUCUAUAUAUCAAAAGCUGUCCACAGCAAGGAAGGGUGGUGAACUUAUGACAAUCCCAAUGAUGCACAUAAGACAGCAGAAGACUGGCCAGUGUAGUUUAAUACAACAGAGGAGCUACUGAGGGUAAAAUUGCUGAAUGGUUGAGUUUCUGUUUAUUGUCAUUUUAAUCCCCCAUUGGGCCACUUGUCUUUUCUAGACAACAGAUUAUGACUGACCAUCACCAAAAAAGAAAACUGCAAACAUUGAAAUAUAAAUAAGUAAUUUUUACUUAAACUAAGUGCGUUUUUUCAUGAAUUGAGGAGGUGAGACACUUUGCUAAUAGAG